AAAAAAAAAAAAAAAAAACUUUAGAACGCAGUUCUGCACCAGUUCUAACGUGCGAGAUCACAGAAAUCGUGAAACCGGUGAUUCUUGAAGUCGACACUUGUUUCUGAUUCUAUUUACGACGUGCAGAAUCAUUUGCAAGUGAAAUUAACUAGGAAAACAGCGAGUUCUAUUUUCGAGCCUAGUUCGCGAAGAUCACAUUUUCGGAACAAAGGACUGCUUCCGUAAAAUGAAACUUUGCGAUAAUAUAUGUAUAAGGGAAUAUAGUUUUGAUAAAUAACCUGUGUAAAAAUCGUAAUUUCUUGCCUCUGAGUGAAGGUGUUGCGAAAAUGGCGACAAUAAUUGGAGAUCCGAAAAGAAACGUGUCGCUAAACACUGCGAUCCGUCGUCAAGCGAGUCUUUCAGAAUGUUUGACUCAGGCCGCUCUCACUCAAGCCCGCCUGAAUUUAGCAAAGAGAUCUCCCGAGAAAAAAUCAGCCACGUUGCCUCACUCUAAUAGUAACAGCUCCUUGUCGUCGGAAAGGGCUACAAGACCAUUGCCUCCACCGCCUGAGAGACAAUCGUACGUUGAUAAACCGUGGUUCCACAAUGUUACCAGAGAACAAGCAACAGCUCUUAUCAAGGAACAAAGUACUUACGGUAACUCUCAAGAUGGACACUUCCUCUUGAGACCAUCUACAACAAAUGUGAACAAUCCCUUGGCUCUGGUGCUCUGGUACAAGGAUAGAGUGUAUAAUGUUCCAGUCAGAAAGAGGCCUGACAAUAGGUAUGCAUUAGGAUCAGCAAAAAUAAAUGAGAAAUCGUUCUCGAACGUCGAGGAAAUCGUGAUGUUUUACACGAGGGAGGAACUAGUGCUCCACAGCGGUGGCGUUGAAAUGGGAAGCACGAAAUUAACAGACACUCCGCCCAAAUGAAUUUUUCAAGUCUUUCACACACCAGCUUGUGCAACAUAAACACUGCCUAAAUAAGAAUUUCAAGAGGAAUUCAGAAUCAAACGAUGGUCUACAUGUAUUUAUUCAACAAGUGCCUUUUAUACUCACGACCCAUCGAAAACCAAUUUUGUAUAUUUUUUAUAAGAUUCGAAUGAAUCAUCUUAUCAUGUACGCGUGCGUGAUUUAUAUGAAUCGUAAUACAUACAUGGAGAAAUAUUCAGUGUUUACAAAAAUCUUUCUCAUGAUAUGAAUUGCGUAUAUUUUUCAUACAAACAUAUUUACAAACAGUAUUUUAAUGUUGAAUUUGUGAAUUGAAACAUAAGGUUAAUCGAUGUAUGCUAGUUAUUUUUGCAACCGAAAGAACAAUCACUUUAUAUACAUAUCAAUAUUAUAAUUUACGUUCUUGUACGUUUGUUUAUAGAUUUUUAUAAGAUAAUUCAAUUACAUAAGUUAAGCAAUGAUAUAUGCUGCGAAUUUGUAAAUAAGACCUUCCCCUGAUAAUUAAAUUUUGAGGUCGAGAAAGUUUCGUACCGCGUCUUGCUCGAUUUAUUAUAAUUUAAUGAAAUAAAUUCAACUAGUUCAAACAAAAAGUGACUAUUCUUGCUACUGAUUGCAUCAACAAAAUAUUUAAGUACAAAACUUGAAUAUGUAAAUAACUAUUACUAUAUAAGAAUAAUGUGAUCCGCAAUUUACAAGAUAACUUUAUUACGGCAUAACUCUUUCUGAGAAAUAUAGUUAUAUUUCAAGAAUUUUAUGGAAAAUCAAAGAAAAUAUUUUAGUCGAAAAAGAUCAAUGGGAAAAGAUCAUUGAAGUUGUUUCAACAUCUUUCUUUUUCUUAAUUGACAUAUGUACAAGUUCAAAUAUAGGUCAAGAACAAAGAUCAGAAACUAUAAGUUUAUUUUGUAAUAUUCUACUUUGCUAUGAUAACUAAUGACACUUAAUUACACCUAAUUGACAUUAAUUACUUACUAGACUGCUAAGUGCCAUAUUUAAAUGAAUACAAAUGGCCUCGUUUCUUGUUUUUAUAUUUAAUUACUUUUGAACUCUAUGUACUUUUCGACAUACAUUUAUAUCGGAACGUAGAUUAAUAAAAAUCAACCAGUAGAUUGUAAUCUGUGCAUUUACAUUUUGUCAUGUUAUCGUCAAAAUAAAAGUGAUAAUUUUUAAGAAAUAGUCGUUUUAAGUGUCUAAUAGAAUCUUCAUUCUAUGAGUUGUUACUACAAAAUCUACGAAAAUUGAUGUGUGAUCUACAAUAGCUAUAAAAAGGAUUUACAUAUAUUCUCAUUUUCCAAUGAAGUGUCCUUCCUAGAUCUGAAGAGUAUUUGAUUAAUUGAUACUUGAAUAUUAUAAUAAAUAUAUUUUAUAUUAACAAAUAUUCUUUCACUCGAUAUUCUUUGAUUUAUUUAUAAUUGAAAUUUAACGCGAUUGAAAUUCAUGAAUGCGAAUCGACGAGCCAACAGUUUACUCCAACAUGCUUAUCUCGUGCCGUGUUCGACGAUCGAUAACGAUAAUACGUAUCAAUUAAGUAAAUACUCGCGUAAUUGAGUCCCUUCUUAUCUCCCGCUCUCUAAAUCUACCAGUUGCAUUUCAGACGAUCACACGAAUUCUUUCAUCAUAUGUGAACCCACUAUCGAUCGUGAAAAAACAAUGACUCGAUGUAUUGUAUUGUAACUCGGAGUUAUAUAUCUAAGAUCGACCUUGGUUCGACGAUAUAGUGGACCUGUGCGCGCGUGAACUUUGAACCAAUUACUCAACAACUGCAACGCAAUUAAGAGGAGACACGAUACUGUCUACAAUUUGUGCGUUUGAUAUACCUCGAUAAGACCUGUGCUCGACGAUGUAUCAAUGAUCUAUACACGCACGUAGUUCCCUAGAUAUUCUAUAAAUUGAAUACAAUUUAAUAAUAAUACGCGCGAGGAGCGAGUGGAGUGUCUUAUAAAAAAAAAAAAAUUUUGAUGCGUUAUCUCUGUAAACGAAAAGUUAGCUACGACUUACUCACGCAGCAACACGGUACGCCUCGUAACAUUCUUAAUGUACAAUAACGCAUGAUAAAAAUCGUUGAGAAAACGCGAUGAUUCGAGCGCGUUUCCUUUCGUGGGCUUUUUGAAAAAUUCCCUAGAUGCAGACGGGCCUAGUUACAUUCGUGACGUCACGCUGUUCAACAAUGACGUAGUGGGAGGGCGUACAAUAGUAGUGAAACACACGAUAGGCUAAUGCGCACCACCCCGUUAACUACUUGUAACUGAAUGCCAAUUGAGCGGUUCAUUUAGCUUGUCACUUAAACCUUUUCAAACGGUAUCACUCGCGGAUCCGGGGCGUUGCGUCGAAGAUGCCACACGGUUUGAAAUCGUGAAGAUCCGCGAUCCGGAUCCCUGAACUUCUGUUCCGUCGGUUUUGUCGCAGACACGAUGCGGUGGUAACGACACUAACAUGAAUCACUCGCCGAGGAAGCGUAAUUCCAAGCGGGAAUACCAAAUUGUGCGUUAACAGACAAGGUGUUGAUCGUCGACCCGAGAAAUUCUGUUCCGGGGAGCAAUGGAAGAUGAACAGCCAGCGAGAGAGACGAAUAAGAUAUGCGGUGUGUGCGGCGAUCGCGCGCUCGGUUACAAUUUUAACGCGGUUUCGUGCGAAAGUUGCAAAGCCUUCUUCCGACGGAAUGCUUUGAAGAACAAGGAUUUCCGAUGCCCGUUUACUGAAAAUUGUAACAUAACACCAGUUACUAGACGCUUUUGUCAAAAAUGUCGUCUAGACAAAUGCUUCAGCAUAGGCAUGAGGAAGGAAUAUAUCAUGUCUGAGGAGGACAAAGUAUUAAAGAGACAAAAAAUAGAACAGAAUCGUGCAAAGAAGAGGCCAACAUUGGAAAAUACAAAACCAUCAAAAAUAAAGAAAGGUUACUUGGAUGAGUGCAACUUUGACGAUACUUCUAUGUCGGUUAACUCGGUUGCAUCGACUGCGUCUGACACAUACUUCUGGGAGUCUGAUAGAAAAUACACAGAUUUAGAUGCAAACAGACAGAGUGUAACUGAGAGUUUGAGCCCUGUGACAGCUGCAAGUGUACCAAGUCCUUCUAGUCCACCAGAAAAUGAAGCUAUAAGUGGCUCAAAGACAUUGGACAUGAUGAAAGAUUCAUCUCAGAAUUCCAACUUUGAAACUUAUGAUCAUUCCUCUUCGGCUCACGAGGAAAACGAAGUUGACACAGAGAGCUCGAGAAUGGAUUCAAAUUCUCCUUCCCAAAGUCAGCAAAGAUUUGACAAAGUUAAACCUUCCUCUCACAAUGCAGAGAAGGAUAAAAAAUCAAUAAUAAGUUCAAGAAAAUUUGAUCAAAAUGUGUUAGAUUUGAAUUCUGAAUUUGGCCCUGCUAACCAUGAGUCUAUGAAAUAUUCUCCUGAAUUUGACAAUGCAUCCUGUUACAAUAAGUUUGAUUGCCCUGUACAGAACUCCCAAUAUAUUGAGCAUACGUCGCAUUACAGAAAGACAACUGUAGAUAUGGAUUCAGAAAUGCAUACGAAUGUGCAAAUUUGUUCACAGGAAACUGUAUCUAGUCAGAAGCAGAGCAGGGAAACGUGUUCAAAAGAAGAUAAUUUCGUUAGUAAUAAAUUCCCGCAAGAUUCCACUCUGAUUACAAAACUUGUUAAUAAUUCAAAUUUUAUCACCAAAAUAUUUCAAAAUGAAGAAUUAUUACUAAAGAUUAUGUCAGAUCCUGUUGUUAUUAGUAAAUUGGAAGCAGAUCCUCAGACUUCUCACUUUUUUAAAAGAAGCGGAAUCGUUGUGGACAAAGAAGCAUCGUCUGAAAAGGAGACAAAUAGUCAUUUUAAAAAUGAUGUGAAAUCAAAUCAUAAUAAUUCGAGUCACACGUUUAAAACAACAUUUAAAGUUAAACAGAAACAAGUAGAAAAUCCAAUCUUGACCGAUUUAAUUACGAAUUCCAGUCAAGAGGAAUGUAUAAGGCAACGCGACGAUUCUAAUGGCAGUGAGUGGAAUAGAAAUCUAUCGGAUGUCACAAGAGAUGUGCUUCAGGAUGUACAAAGAGUACCAAUUGCUGCAAAUUCCAUUGAGUCUAUACUUUGUGAAGCAAUUAAAUUAGAGUUUUCAGCAUAUUCUGCUCUCGGCGGCAUGGAGACUAGAAGGGUAUUAAACGAUGCUGAAAGAGCAAAGUUAAAUGAACUAAUAGUAGCCAACAAAGCGUUAUUAGCUCCUUUGGACGAGGAUAUAACAAAUCUAAUUGGGGAAGAUUGUAAAUUUAAGAAUAAUUUUGGCCGAUCUGAUCCGGCAUUGUUAGACGUUGUAAAUCUUACUGCCAUCGCUAUUAGGCGUUUAAUAAAGAUGGCGAAAAAGAUAAACGCCUUUAAAAACAUGUGCCAAGAGGAUCAAAUAGCUCUUUUGAAAGGGGGCUCCACGGAAAUGAUGAUUUUAAGAUCGGCACUUAAUUACGAUGUUGAGAAAGACAUGUGGUGGAUACCGCAUAGCCAAGAAAGUAUGUCCAAUAUAAAGGUAGAUGUGUUGAAAGAAGCAAAAGGAAAUCUUUACGCAGAGCAUUCAAGAUUUAUUAGGAGUUUCGACCCUAGAUGGAGAGACGAGAAUAUUAUUUUGAUUUUAAGCGCGAUUGCUCUGUUUACACCAGAUAGGCCAAAAGUGGUGCAUAAUGAUGUAAUUAAAUUGGAACAAAAUUCUUAUUACUACUUGCUCAGACGCUAUCUAGAAAGUGUAUAUCCCGGAUGCGAAGCCAAAUCUAUGUUUCUAAAAUUAAUUCAGAAGAUUUCCGAUCUUCAUAGACUAAACAACGAAGUCGUUGGAGUGUAUCUUAAUUUAAAUCCGUCGAGGGUAGAACCACUUCUUAUAGAAAUAUUUGAUUUGAAACAUUGAUUGUGUUCAACACAGCGGAUAAAAAUUAAUUAUGUAACAUGUUCGAUUAGUAUUCCUUCGACUGGCAGAAGUAAUGCAAGACUAUUAUGGAUUUGUAUUAAUAGUCGCAUGUUCAUAUAAAUGAUAUAUAGCAAUAAUAUCAAAGAAAAAAAUGUUAUAAAUUAUCAGAAUUUAAAUUCAUAUAUAUAUAUAAGUUUUAGUGUACAUAAAACGUAAUGUUAUAUAAAUAAUAUUGUCGCCAAAAGUUUAUUCGUUUCAGAAUUUAUGUCUAUAAAAGUAUAUUGUAGAAUAUAUUAAAAGUAUAUUACGAUAUCUACGUAUAUCUAUAUACAGUAAUGUUCCGUUUAGAAUGUUUAAAUUCACAAAAUUGCUAUUAACAAAUCCGUGGAAAGUUUUGAUUCUUAAAGUUAGCAACGUAAAUAUAAGAAAACAGCAUGUUUGAAAUUAACAAACUAUAAAUUAUUAAUUAAUUUGAUCAAUAAAAAGUGAAUUUUAAAAGAAUUUUUAUUUCAUUUCAAGAAAAAGGAACUAUCUUGAAUUUCAUAGAAAUGAUCGCGUCGAUAUCAGCGGGACAAUACUGUAGCUAAUUACUGUUGAAAUGUGAAAAGAUUAUUGUAAUUAAAGAAGCAUUUGUUUGUAAAAUAUUGAUAUUGCUAUUGACCGUUAAUACAUUGAAAUUCAUGACAAGUAGAGAUUACAAUUCAAACGAAUAUAAAAUUUCGUCAUGUCGCGUCAUUUAGGACAGAUACGUAUACGUAGCACGUUAGUGUUAAAAAUAUUACGUAUAUUUUAACGAACGUACCUUAAAUUGUUAAAUCUAGAGAAGAUAUUUGUUACACUAAAACCAAGUUCUAUGUUCAUGUUUAGCAAAUUGAAAUAUAUAAAAGAAAAAUAUUUGUUUAUGUUGAGACAAAUUAAAAGUCAUAUAACGAUAAACAUGAAUUCAGUGCUUGGUGGGAAAAGUCGGUUGAAGCAAAUGAAUGCAGUCUACGACCUGCGUAAUGUUCAUUUACAUUACGAAUAUUUAUUAGUAUGUACGUAAUAAAUUGUGAUAUCGAGUCAAAAUAUAUUUUUCAGAUACUUGUUAUAUUUGACUUUAAGCAUAUUAUUUCAUUCCUUUUACUAUUAUAUUAUUAACUAAUUUCUUAUUUUAUAAACAAUACAAAAUUGAAAAAUAAAUACCUUUUAUUAAAUCUCAGUUGUCAUGUUCAGAUGGGAAUCUGUAACCAAGCAUUUGCAGGAUUAUGAUUAUCAAUAAGCAAGUAGAAGUAACAAAAAAUGUCAAGCUGAUAAGGAAAAGGAACAUGUAUCCUAUUGUCUUAAAAAUGAAUAGAAAGGUGCAAAAUAACCAAUUCCAAAUUGUUUUCAGUAUCAUUUUUCGUAAUACUUUAAAAUUUAUCAAAAAAAAAAAAAAAAA